AUGGCCGGAGGCCCGCGUAUUGUCGUGGGUAUUGACUUUGGCACCACCUAUAGUGGGGUCGCCUGGGCUCUUCAGUCCUCCCCUGAGGAGGUCGAGGUGAUCAAAUCCUGGCCCGGGGCUAGAAACAGUGAGUCCGACGUUUCCAAAUCCAGCUCUCAGGAGCUCACACUACCAGGAACGACGCCCAAAGUACCUACAACUAUAUCAUACGAGAACGGAAAGUUUUUCUGGGGUUAUCAAACACCAAUGUUUGGCGAGAUCAUUCGUGGUGUCAAGCUCCUACUUGACUCGACUCAAGAGAUCGACUACACACCUGCGGUACAGUCCAAGGACUUAUUGACAAAGUAUGACAAGAAGCCACUUGACAUCGCUCGGGAUUGCCUUCAGCUUCUUGUGGAUUCGGCAAAGGAAACGCUCCGUCGACGAUUCGGAAAGGCCUUGGACGGCAUGGAAAUUACAUAUGUACUUACGGUUCCGGCUGUUUGGACUGACAAAGCGAAGAACAUGACUUUGACCGCAGCGACUGAUGCCGGUAUUUCUGCGCUCGAUGUGAUCCUGGUGUCCGAACCCGAAGCAGCAGCUCUCUCUUGUCUGAACGCAAGUCAGCUCGAUACACUCAAGGACGGCGACGUGGUCAUAAUAUGCGACGCGGGUGGUGGUACAGUGGACUUGAUCUCCUACUGCGUGAAGAGUGUUGAACCCCUUGAAUUGAUGGAGGUCACUCAGGGAACUGGUAUGGCCAUUUGCGGAUCUGUUCUUCUCGACAAGCGGUUUGAAAACUAUCUGGCCGGACUCCUCGGGGAGAAAACAUACCAAAGGCUAUCCCAUAAGACCCGGGAGACAGCAAUGAACUACUGGCAAGACUUUCCAAAUUUUGCUGGUGCCUUGAUUGAAGACGAUGACGGAUACUCUGAAGUGGCCUAUUCUGUGCCUUUGAACGGUGUCAGUGACAAGCGAGAGAUAGGGCUAGAGGGUGGAUUCUUGACUAUGUCAAAGGAGAAUGUCGGGGGCAUAUUUCUUCCUGUCGUCGAUGACAUUGAGAAUCUGGUGCAGGAACAGAUGCUACAAGUAUCCAUGGCUGGAAUGCAGACCAAGGCUAUCCUUUUGGUGGGAGGUUUUGGUUCUUCCGAGUAUCUCUUCCGCCGUCUGCAAUCCGCUGUGAUCAAUGUGACUGUGAUGCAGCCCCCUAAUGCAUGGUCUGCUGUUGUUCGUGGCGCUGUAUUCCGAGGGCUAGGAGGAAAUCAGGUUGGACAGCGCAUUGCUCGAUGCCACUACGGGGUUACAUUCGAGGAAGAAUACAAUCCACGGGUGCAUAACGCAAGGGACAAAUAUUGGGACGCAAUGACCGAAAUGUCGUACGUAGCCGAUCGCAUGAAGUGGUAUAUUGAAAAGGGAAAGCCUAUCUCCGAAGACGAACCAAUCCGAAUGAGCCGGCACCAGGACAUCUCUGAGGCGAGUUGCAUGAAGCAAUUAAAAAAGGUCAGCCAGUCGCUGUACAUUUGCAACCUUGAUAAAGCACCAGACCACCUCACUGAAGGCGUCUUCAAGGUCUGCACUUUGGAGGCAGACCUCAGCGCAAUUCCACCGUACUUAUUCCACAGUUGCACCAAUUCCUCGGGGCAGAAGUAUUACGAAGUUGCUUUCGAGAUUGCCAUGACACCUACUUCAGCGUCUAUUUUGUUUGAUCUUGAGUUCAACGGCGUGUCUUAUGGAUCAGUGCAGGCCAAGUAUUAA